AUGGCGCCCUCACUUGUCGGGACAACCACUGAGGUCACGACUUCUUCCACUUACAAGCUCACAUUCGGCAAGUACAAGGAGACGGACGGCACCUCAAUCGACAGAGAUGUAGAAACGGGCAAAAAGGGCAACAAUGCCGCCAAGUACCUUCACUACUUGCCUACCUGGAACCCCGAGGAGAGAUACCCCCCUCUCGAGCCCUUUGAACACUACGAACACGGCAAAGAUGCCGACCCGUCUUUUCCCAACCUGCUGCCGCCGGGCACCUCCGUCACGGACCUCACCCCGACCAUCGGCUCCGAGGUGAAAGGGAUCCAGCUGUCCUCGCUCAGCGACGCCGGCAAGGACGAGCUCGCACUAUACGUGGCACAGCGCAAGGUUGUUGCCUUCCGGAACCAAGACUUUGCCGACCUCCCCAUCUCCGAAGCCCUCCAUCAUGGCUCCUACUUUGGCCGACACCACAUCCACCCGACAUCGGGAGUGCCAGAGGGCUAUCCCGAGAUCCAGCUCGUGCACCGCGGCGAGGGUGACAAGGCCAAGGAGGAGAUGCUUCGGUACCACACGACCACGGUGGCCUGGCACUCGGAUGCCACGUACGAGCAGCAGCCUCCCGGCACAACGUUCCUCUACAUCCUGAACAAGCCGGACACCGGAGGCGACACGCUUUUUGUCGACGCCGUCCAGGCCUACAGGCGUCUGAGCCCGCUCUUCCAGGAGCGUCUUCACGGCUUAAAGGCCACGCACUCGGGCAUUGAGCAGGUCAACGCCGCCGCCAUCAGGGCCAGCAUCAAGAGACGAGAGCCCGUCGUCAACGAGCACCCGAUUGUGCGGACUCAUCCGGCAACGGGAGAAAAGGCUCUCUUUGUCAACGAUCAGUUUACACGCGAGAUUUUAGGGAUGAAAAAGGAAGAGUCCGACGCCAUCCUCCAGUUCCUCUACAACCACAUGGCCUUUGGUGCCGACUUCCAGGCCCGGAUCAAGUGGGAGGAGGGAACGGUGGUCGUAUGGGACAAUCGGGUAACCCAGCACACUGCUCUGGCCAACUGGGAGAAUGGACAGAGGCGUCACCUUGCACGCAUCACGCCACAGGCCGAAAGGCCAUAUGAGACGCCUUUUGAUGGCUAA